AUGUACACCAAGACCGCCCUGAUCGCCGCCCUGGCCGGUUCAGCGACCGCCGUCUUCGACGUCAGACCGGACCGCAUCCGUCGCGAUGUCGUUCCCCGUCAGACUGAGCUCUCCGCCGACCCAUGCCUCAAUGCCCUAGGCACAGUCUACGCCAACGCACCCACUCCUCCUCCCAAGAUUCUCUCCUAUGAGAUGACUGCUCCUCCUCAAACCGACCCUUGCAGCAUCACUGUCCCUGCGGAGCUGAGCGCCGAGUACUCGAGCUAUACCUCGGAGCUUCUGAGUUGGGUCGACGCCAACUCGGCCUCGAUCGCGUCGGCAGUGUCCGUUUGCUCCACUCUCUCCGAGUUCGAGACCGAGAUCCCGCUCUGCACGGCGGAACUCGGUAGUGGUGCUACGGAGUCUGGCUCUUCUGCACCAAAGACCACGGCUGCUGGCGGCGAUUUUCCCAAGUCUACCGGCGAGACAAAGACUGGAGCUGCCGCUGGCACAGGUGCCGGUGUCAGUGCGACAAGCGGCCGCAACAACCCAACGCAGGUUCCCGUCAACGUUGGAACCCGUCAGACCGGCAUGAUCGCAGCCGCUGCCGUUGCCGCUGGUUUUGUCGGUGUUGCCACGUUUUUGUAA